CUUCUUCCUUACAAUGUCCCUCGUUUACUCUACUGGCGCCUUGAUGCUUGCAGCAGCGGCAGUCUGGAAGGCAACGGAGACUCGCCGAGAACGUGACGGUAAAACGUUUCCACCCGGUCCAUCGUCUCUGCCUCUCCUCGGUGUCGCCCACAAACUAGACGUGUCUACACCGUGGACAACGUUCACCGAGUGGAAGGUCGAGUAUGGCGAUAUUAUCUACUUUAGGCAGUUCGGCCAAGACGUCGUCGUGCUGAACUCCGAAGACGCCGUCAAAGACUUGAUGGAGAGAAGGUCGAGCAAUUACUCGGACAGGAUGUACAUGUCAACCAGAGAACCCUACGGUAUGGACUUCGACAACAUCUUUCACCGCCACGACGAAACGUGGCGAGCCCACAGACGCGUCGCCCACCAGGGUCUUCGCGAGCGCCACGUGGAUAUCUAUCAGCCAACGCAGCUUCGCUUUACUGAGGCACUUAUCAAGAGCUUAGAAAGCUCACCCGAACGCUACAAUAGCCACUUCCAGAGGUUUGCUGCCUCUGUUGUUCUUUCAGCUAUAUAUGACCACGACGUGAUUGAUGAGAACGAUCCAAUUCUCAAGUCAGUGGUCGAGACAAUAGACAUUUUGGUACUAUUGCAGAUGCCUGUGAACGCCAUCCUCUUCAACGUUUUCCCGUUUCUGAAGUAUACUCCUACUUGGCUCCCAGGUGGCUGGCGUAACGUCACUGAAGCCCGAGUGAAGAUAGAACGAACCGUAAACCUGCCAUUUGAGUAUCUAGAAAAGAAGAUGGCAGCAGGCAGCGCGGGGAACUCGAUUGCCUUGGAGGCAAUGGAAAGAUUCAGAGACACUAACAAGGUUGACAACUUCGAGAAAGUCGUCAAGGAUGCCUGUUGUAGCCUUUACGGAGCUGCAUCAGAGACGACAUCUUCUACGCUCAUGGUCUUCCUCCUUGCCAUGGUACAGAAUCCUGACGUUCAGAAACGCGCGCAGGAGGAGAUAGACAGCAUUCUAGGGUCCGGCCGUCUGCCACAGUUUUCUGACCGGCAAUCUCUUCCCUACAUCGAGGCGGUCUGCCGAGAAACGUUGAGAUGGCGUCCCGUGGCUCCGUUGGGUAUCCCUCACUCGGCAACCAACGACGAUGUCUACAAAGGCUGGUAUAUCCCGAAAGAUACGGUGGUGAUAGCAAAUGUUUGGGCAAUCUCACAGAACCCCGAGAAAUACCCCUCGCCUUCCUCUUUCAAACCUGAGAGGUUCCUCGACGGCACAGGCGGGCUGACCAACGAUGUGCCCACGUAUGCUUUCGGCUUUGGGCGGCGCAUUUGUCCCGGACGCCACUUCGCUACCAACUCGUUGUGGAUUGCAGUUGCUCGACUUUUGGCUGGUUUCACGUUCGAAUCUGAGUAUGUGCAAGCGGGCGGGACAGUGAAGUGGCACAACGCUGUGACAUCCGUGCCGGAGCCCUUCCCUUGUCGGAUCAUACCUCGAAAGAGCCACUAGACUCAUACACGCAAGCUGUAUCCACAUACUUUGUUGAACCAACUAUCG